CGACUCAACGAGUAUUGCACGGAAUAAGCAGUAUAGAUUGUCAAACAGGAGAAGGUAGGACACAAUGGAAGUAGCUGAUAAAGCUGUUGGGCUGCUAUUGACGAUUACUAGUUUGUCCAUUUUCACUUACUAUACCUUCUGGGUCAUUAUUCUGCCUUUUGUCGACCGCGGCCAUUUUGUGCACAACUACUUUCUCCCACAAGAAUAUGCCAUUCUCAUUCCCGUGUUUGCUGGUGUGGCGCUUCUCAGCUUCCUAAGCAUGUUUGUUGGAUAUGUGAUGCUCAAAUCCAAGAAGAAAAAGAAGGCAUGAUCCAUCUUCAACACGAUACUUACUAUAUUGGUUAUUGUUAUUUAUGGUUUUUAUCGCUGUAUUGGGUUAUUUUGUUUGGCAUUUAUAAUCAUUUCUUCCACCAGUCUACUUUUAAUAUUUUCCUUUAUGUGUUGUUUUGUUUGUUCCUCCCUUAUGUGAUAGAGGUCGUUCUCAAUCAAUAGGUUUUGAUUGGGCGGAACCAGACAUGAUUUAUUGUUUAGUAGAAUAGGCUUUGAUUAGGUUGUCUAUGGAACCAGACAUGAUAUAAUGUUUAGUAUCUUUUUUCACUGUGAUUUUCUCUUAUCAUAAAACCUUUCAAUGUUU